UUUCCCUCGCUGAUUCGGCCAUUUUCGGCUGCGAUGCUGAAACACCCGCUGAAUGCCGGAUUAGGUGUCGUGAUUAUAAGAUAUUAUCAUGUGCCUAGAAGUACUUUGAAGGAGGCUGGGCUUCUGUCGCUGUUCAAUCGUAGAUUCUUGUGCGAUCUGAUUGGCUUCUGGAAACCGUCUCAUAAUUGGAGCGAUAUUAGCCAUGAUAGGAGGUGCUCGCGUCCACCUCAAUAGGUGGCAGCAAGCAGCAGUUGCUGUAGGUUCGGCUGUGGGUGCAUUGCUUGACCCUCGAAGAGCAGAUCUUAUAGCGGCUCUUGGUGAGACAACUGGCAAGCCUGCUUUUGAGAGAGUCCUUGAGAGGAUGAAGAGGAGUCCAGAAGGCAGAGCAGUUCUAUUGGACCGACCCCGAGUAAUAUCUACUGAGGUCAGUCACGCAUGGGACCUACCAGAGAACACAUUUGGUGCUGCAUACGCCAAGUUUAUGGGAUCCAGGAACUUUUCCCCGGAUGACCGGCCACCUGUGCGGUUCAUGGAGACUGAUGAAUUGGCAUAUGUGGCCAUGCGGGCUCGAGAGGUGCACGACUUUUGGCACACUUUGUUUGGUCUCCCAACUAAUUUGAUUGGUGAGUCAGCUCUUAAGGUGAUAGAGUUCGAGCAGAUGUACCUGCCUAUGUGCUUCCUAUCUGUUUUAGGAGGCACAGCGAGAUUCAAUGAGAAGCAAAGGGCUUUGUUCUUCCAGCAUUACUUCCCAUGGGCACUUCAGGCAGGUAUGAGGUGCACGGACCUCAUGUGUCUAUAUUAUGAACGGCACUUCCACGAGGAUUUGGAAGACGUUCGAAGUAGAUGGGGCAUAGUUCUUGCACCUGCUGCGCCUAAAUAAAGAGCUGUCUGAACUUUCUGCAAUUUUCACUACAUUGACAUCUAUAGAUACAUUGGCACGGACCGAAGUGAUAGUGACGCGUGUUCCUCAAGCCUCUGCAUGAGAUUUUGUGCCCCUUGACUCUCUUGAGUCACCAGGCGCUUUUGUUGUUUUGACAGAAAACUAAACCGGAGAUGUUUUGUUAUCAGGACCUACGGCCCUUUUCCCUUUUCUGCAUAGCAAUAUGGGGUGCGGCUUCCAAUUUGUACAGGACUAUGACUUAAUGCUGCACUUUUUUGUCUGUAUAUCUUCUCCUUCAGACUCUUGUACCGUUGUCGAAACCAAAAUGAGAGCAGAAAUAAUUUUUUUUAAAGAA